AUGAGUAUGCAUAGCAAAAAUAAUGGAAGUCAAAUCUCUUUGUAUUAAAGUCCAUCUCGAAUCAUUAAAGACGUUUAAGAGGUUUCCAAAGAAUCAGCAGCAAAAAAGGUGUUGGAGAGGAGAAUCCAUGAAUUGGAACUGAAAUUAAAACAAUAGGAAAAUGUUAUUUAGAGAUAUCAAACAUAAUUGGAAGAGUCUAAUUAAGAAACAGAGUAAAUAAGGAGGUAAUUUGAAGAUGCACGGAAUGAUGUUAGAUAGAUGAGAUUGCUUGGAGAGAAGAAAGAUUAAUAAAUUGGAAUGUUGUUGGAAGAGAAUGACAAAGUAGUCUAACUAUUAGAGGUCUAAAGAAAUAAUCAAGGGAUUGAUAAUGCAGCGAAUACCAUUCAAUAAUUAGAACAAGAAGUAAGAGAUCGUUUUGCUCGUGAAAAAAAGUUGAGUGAGGAGAUCUAAUAAUACAAGCUCAAAAUACAUUCAUUUGAAGAUUAAAUCAAAGAAAAGAAUCAUUUAAUCGAAGAUUUAAGAGAUAAAUUGAGUCAUCAAGAAAAGCAAUGUUCAGCUGAUGCUUCGUUAGGUGUCCUUGCAAAUAAGAGAGGAACAGAAAUUGAAAUAUUAACUCUACAAAACACUGAACUAUAAUCCUAGAUACACAACUUAAAAAGCAAAAUACAAUUAUUAUUAGAGGAAAACUCAAACUUAUAAAAAGCAAUAGCAAAUGAGAAGAGUUAGGAGAAUGAAGCUAAAAUCUUUUCAGAAGAUAGGUCUUAGGAAAAGAUUAAAAUAAUUAAUGAUAAUCAUCAGAAAGAAAUAUCAAAAUUAAUGGAAUAGCAUAAAAUAGAAAUUUAAGUAAAAACAGAUAUUAUUGAUCAUCUAAAAGGCAAUCUGAAUCAAUAUAGUUCAAAAAAGUCUUAAAUUGAAGAAUUGUAAACUGUCAGAAAUUCCAUUCCUAAAAGGGUGGCUGGAUUGUCAAUAUCAUAGUCCCCUUAAGGUUAAACUAACGACCUUCAAUAAGAAUAUGAUAAAUUACUCAAGAAAAACAACUAAUUGAGUGAAUAAAUCUUCUUAUUACAGUAGAUAAAAAGAAAAGAUGAGAUUAUCAACAAAGACAAAAUGUAAUAAUUAGAAAAGGCUAAUGAAAAGCUAUUAGAAACACAAUCAAUCAACGAAGCAAAAAUAGAAGAAUUGUAAUAAAAGUUGAAGUAACUACCAACUAGAGUGAGGGAGAAAAGUAUAGAUGAUCUAAAAUUAAGAACUGAAUAAACUAAACUAACUGAAUUAGAUAAUAAAGUCAAGAAACUCUAAGAGAAGAUAGAUUAAUAAAAUUUAGAAAUCAAAGAGAAAAAUUAAAAAAUUAAUCAAUUAUAAGAAUAAGUGAAAUAGGCUAUUUAUGAGAAGGAUAAUGCAAUUUAAUAGAAUAAAUUGGAGUGUGCUUAAGAAGUCAAAUAAGUUCAGGAUCAGAUGAAGAUGGAAUUGUCAAAUUAGCAAAAGUAAUUUAAUGAUGCUUAGAAACCUUAUCAAGACCAAAUGAAGACUUAAUCAAUUGAACAAUAGAAGUUGAAAUCUCAAGCAUAAAGAUACUAGAAUGAGAUUAAAACUUUGGAAAAUAGAAUUGCAAAUUUGUUGAUGGAAAAUGAAUAGAUUAAGACUUAAAUGGAGAAACUAAAAGUCGCUAGUGAGAAUUUGGUGAAGGAUAAAUAAGGUUAGGAAAUGAAGAUUUAAGAAAAUUUAAGAGAGAUUGAAGUUUGGAAGGAGAAAUAUGUGAAGAGUGUGUAAAAUUGUGAGAAGUAAAAUGAGCGAGUUGAAAAGGAAGUGGCAAAGAGUUAAGGUAUUGUGAUAUAAUUUAAGGUAAUUUAAGGUUUGAAGGAAGAGAUCAAUAAAUUGAAUGAGCAAUUAGAGUAGAUAAUAGAGUAAAACAGUACUUUAGAGGAAUAAUUAUCUAAAGCCCAAUAGGAGUCUCGAAAUCUCAGGAAUCAAUUAGUAGAUGGAGUGAGAAGAGAAAGUGGUUCAGGGAAUAAAUCGAAUGGAUUUGUUAAGCAUAAGGCAUGA